CUGAGAGAGAAACAAUGGCUGCUGCUUAUUAUGUUCUGAAGCGAUUCCGAUUAGCUCCGCCGCCGCGAUUUUUGUGCACGGCGUCGGAAUCGGAGGCGGGAGUUGGGGAGAAGACUCUUCUUUUCAGGAAACUAGCGGGCUUCGGAGAGAGGGACGAAGGAAGCCGAGUUGGGAACUUGCUGGACGAAUGGGUUAGAGAAGGGAAAUCGGUGAAGAGAGGCCACAUUGCCAAGUACGCGAACCAGCUGCGCAAGUUCAAGAAGUACCAUCACGCUUUACAGUUGUAUGAAUGGUGGGGUAAAAACCAGAAUAACUCAGUGAACAAUGCCGACCACGCUGUUUACAUAGAUCUUCUAGCUAGAACACGAGGAAUUGCUGCAGCAGAAGAGUACUUUCGUGGACUGGAUUCGUCCGAAAAGACGCACAAAACCUAUGGAUCCCUUCUGAGCUGCUACUGCAGGGAACGUAUGGUGAGGAAUGCUGAACAAAUCUUUGAUGAGAUGAAUGAAUUGGGGCUUCUCCUUGCUCCGAAUCCGCUUAACUACAACAACCUUAUGCAUCUCUACUUGAAAGUUGGUCAGCAGGAGAAAGUGCCAAUGUUGGUACGAGAAAUGGAGGAGAAGAACAUUGCCGUUGAUACAUACACCUGGAACAAGCUGAUGAGUAGCUACGCUUUAUUGAAGGACACGAGAUCUGUGGAAGGAGUGAUCAAAAGGAUGGCUUCAAAAGGUGUGAAACACGACUGGUUUACGAUUGGACACUUAGCUACCAUCUAUGUCAAUGCAGGGCGUCAUGAGGAUGCAUGUGUUGUGCUCGACGAGUUGGAGAAAAUGGGCGAUCCACCAGAUGACGAGGCCUUCCACACUCUGAUCAGCUUGUAUGGGCGCCUCUCUGAUUCAUCGAGUGUGCACAGAGUGUGGGAUGCCUUGAAGUCGAAUAAGAAAAAGGCUAAGGUGAGCAAUGCGAGCUAUCUGGCCAUGGUUUCAGCUCUUUCGAGGCUGAAAGAACCGGACUCGUUGAAGGCUUGUUACGAAGAGUGGGAAGCGAGCUGUUCGGUGCAUGAUAUCCGAAUAGUGAACGUUGCAUUGGAUUUCUAUCUGAGCCAAGGGAUGGUAGCUGAAGCGAGGUCAGUGCAACAGAGUGUGCUGAGUAGGGGAACUGAACCUAACUUGAAGACAUUGGACUUGUACAUGAACAUUUUCUUGAAGGGGAAUCAAGUAGACGAGGCUUUGAAGUGCCUGGAGACCAGUGCUUCCUUUGCCAAUGCCGGGAAAGAGAGAUGGUUUCCUAAGACUGAAACGUUGAAUAAGCUGCUAAAGCAGUUGGAAGAAGGGCGAGAUGUGGACGGCAUGGAAAGGUUCUGCACUAGCUUGAAGCGACUGAACCGAUUGAGCAGCAAAAUACGCACAAGGGUGGAGCGUGUAUAUGCAGCAGCAAGCAAGACAAGGAACUGAGACGAGGUAAUCCCCACGUUCUAGAAGCUGUUGAAUGCAGUCUUCCCCCAGCCGUAGGCAGUUGUACUGUUGUAGUAGUAGGUAUAUGCGAUGGUGUUGGAUUUAAGUAUACCAUUGCAAGUGUAUCAUUCAUAGUAAAUACAAUCUGAUAACUUGAUUAAAGCAGAUGAUCAUUUCUAAUAUGAUUUUCUUAGACUGGCCAAGGUUAG